UGCCAAACGGCACCUAGCCGUUGGAAAUCGAUAAGAUCUUGCCGGCAUCAGAUGGUGAUCGAUCUUAAUUGGGAUGAAUCAAUUAUUGAUUGGACCUGAUCCGCAGUGAACCAUAGAUUUUUUUUUUUCCUUUCAUUUUCUCUUCUUACAUGUUAUUAUGCAUUUAAUAUCUUUUUUUCUUCUUAACAACAUGUAUUAUCGUAUAUUUAAUCUCCUAUCAACCGUCCCUGGUUCCAAAUUAUCUAUGGCCCAUUUUGGAUGGAGUCGAACCAAUAAUUUCUAGCCGAGAAGGAUGCUUUCUAAUAAUAAUCAACAAAAAAAAAAGUUUCUGAGAAUUCUUCUCUAGUUUUAUAGCAACUAUAAAUAAAUUUUGAAAUCUGUAUCACUACAGCCGGUAAACUUUUUGUUUUUUGUUUCUUUAAAGUCCUUUUUAUUCUUUAAAAAAAAAAAAUUGCUCAGCUGGAUACUUUGGUUGGUGGAUGGGAUGGGUGGACCAAAAUCCAACCGACACCGCUUCUAAUAAUUGUGCCCACCUCGCUCGGCCACUAGCUCUCAUUAUUAAAAUAGGGAUCCUUACAACAUGACCAUGCGGGCGCGAUUGAACGGUCCUGAUUCUUGAUCAGGUCAAAAGCGCCAAUCAAUAAAUAACAUAGAGAGUAGGUAAUAGAGGACAAAGCUCAUUCCGACGCGGUCAGGUCGCGGGAGGAGCGGUCAGAUCACACGGCUGACGGCCGCCUCUGGCACGCGUUUUUGGUCGCAGGGAGAAGCGAUGAUCAUAUCGGAGCGGCGGUCGACGAUGGUCCGGCCGGCGGAGCCGACGCCACGGCGGCGGCUGUGGAACUCGAACCUCGACCUGGUGGUGCCGCGGUUCCACACGCCAAGCGUCUACUUCUACCGACCGGACGGUUCGGCGGACUUCUUCGACGCGGAGAGGCUCCGGGCGGCGCUGGCCAAGGCACUGGUGCCCUUCUACCCGAUGGCGGGCCGGCUCGGCCGGGACGAGGAUGGCCGGAUCGAAAUCGACUGCAACGGCGAGGGGGUGCUCUUUGUCGAGGCCGCGGCCGAAAGAACGGUGGAUGAUUUCGGGGACUUCGCGCCGACGAUGGAGCUAAAGCAGCUCAUCCCCAAAGUGGUGUACACCGAUGACAUCUCCGCCUUUCCUCUUCUUGUGCUGCAGGUGACCUAUUUCAAGUGCGGCGGCGUGUCUCUAGGCGUGGGGAUGCAGCACCACGUCGCCGACGGCACCUCCGGCCUCCACUUCAUCAACUCCUGGUCCGACGUCGCUCGUGGCCUUGGCAUCUCCGCUCCCCCCUUCAUCGACCGCACCCUCCUUCGCGCACGCGACCCCCCAACGCCUUCCUUCCCACACGUCGAGUACCAGCCCCCGCCCUCCAUGAAGGCAGCAGCAACCCCACCGGCUCCCGUCAAUUCGGUGAAAUCCGGCGGUCCCGUCACCGCCGUCAGCCUCUUCAAGUUCACCCGCGCCCAGCUCGACCUCCUCAAGGCCAAAGCCCCCAAAGGGUCCCGCUACAGCACGUACGCCCUCUUCGCCGCCCACGUGUGGCGGUGCGCGAGCCUGGCGCGUGAGCUCCCCCCGGACCAGCUUUCCAAGCUAUACAUCGCGACCGACGGCCGCCAGCGUCUCCGACCCCAGCUCCCUGCGGGAUACUUCGGGAACGUGAUCUUCACCGCGACGCCGGUGGCGGAGAUGGUGGAGGUGGUCGGCAGCGAGGGGGCGGCGGGAAGGAUCCAGGCAUCGCUCGCCAGGAUGGACGACGAGUAUCUGAGGUCGGCGCUGGAUUACUUGGAGAUCCAGCCAGAUCUGGCGGCGUUGGUCAGGGGGGCCCACACGUUCCGUUGCCCGAAUAUUGGGCUGACGAGCUGGGUCCGGCUGCCGAUCCACGACGCCGACUUCGGGUGGGGCCGGCCGGUGUUCAUGGGGCCCGGUGGGAUCGCGUACGAGGGGCUGGCCUUCGUGCUUCCCAGCCCUGACGGCGACGGCAGCCUCUCGCUGGCCAUCUCGCUGCAAGCCGAGCAUAUGCUCCGGUUCCAGAAGCUCAUCUACGAGAUCUGACGCCAACGCCGUCGAGUGCUCUCCGUGUCCCAAGCUAGUGGAUUAGUUAAUUUCCGGUUUCUUUUUUUCUGUUUUUGGUUUUCUUAUAUUAAAGAAAUAUAUGUAGUCCAAAUGUCAUGCAUUGCUGCCAAAAAUAACAAAAUACUCCAAAUUUUUCCAUGCA